GACCAUUAGCAGUGUCACAGCUGAAUACUCAUCCCUAGCCAGCCAAGCUCUGGAUGCUACUUGGAAAUACACAAUAAUACGGACUUCACCAUCAACACUUUUCGAGUCAAUUCUGGAGACCGACUGAAAUUAUCAGUUUCCAUUCACGAUGAACUCUGUGCUUCAGAAGGCUUUCCUGUGGUGUGUGCUGACAGCGCUUCUGCCGAGCAUCACGAGUGCAAAACCUCUCAACACGGAUGGUCUGAGAAGGCUGAGUGUUUGGCUUCAGGGUAGGGUGAGGAGAGAAGUCCACAGCUUGUCCGAGAGGAGCGAGAGCGACUCAGCAGCUUUGCUGACUCAGAGGAACAGCGAGACAUUUGUACCAUUGCGCAGGAGUGUGAGGGUAAAACGUACAGAACCUGCCUACUCAGUCAAAAGAGUGGAAAGAGCGGGCUGUGUUCUGUCCACCUGCUCAGUGCACGAACUGGCCCACCUGCUGAAUAUAAUCAACACAAAGACGAACAACGCCCCUCCCGAAAAGAUCGGCUCAAAGGGCUAUGGACGGAGGCGGAGACGGUAGAUCCAUCAAACCUCCCCGCGCUAACUUUCCACGAAGGCCGUCUAAAGCUGGCAUGGGUUCAAUCUCUCUAUUACAGAACAACCCGGGAACACCUCUGCGGUUUGUCCUGAGCCUUUGCUUUCUGUCGGCUCGGUUUACUGAGAUACUUCUGAUACUGCCUUUGCUGAACGUUAGUGUACUCUCUUCAGGCACAAAGGAGCAAGUGGAGCAUCCUUCUCUCCCUCCUCGGCCUGAUGGGUUGGACUGAGAAGGAUUCAGGUCACUUAAAGUGGUUGUGAAAAAUAGCAUUGCUAUCAGUUGGGGAAAAAAAAUUGCACGCACACACACACACACAAAAAAUGUGUGGGUCUAAGGCAAUACGACAGGAAAUAGGUGGUCAAUGCUCUGUGCAUGUGUUUCGCAUUCUUGUCAUUCUAAUGGAGCUUUGGGACUUGACUCUCUGUCUCUUCUGCAGCACUGAUACGCCCUCUGCUGGAGGAAUGAAGGAACAGCCUAGAACUCUGCCAGCCCAAACGUACAUUGAAGAGGACGGAGAGAGAAUAGCAAGAAGAGGGCAAAGGAACUAACCUUUACGACUUAAAGCUAUUUACCUUGGAGGACCAAUGAUGAAGAAUGGAGAGAGACAGAGAGAACUCUUUAUGGAAGAAAUAAUUUUGUUGUCCUCAAGGACAUCCGCAUACUUGAAGACUGAUUUAUAUAUACUGUGGGAGCUGUGCAAUAUUUCACUUUAAUAUUAUGUAGUCUUUUAUUAAUGUGUACAAAGAUGUAUAUUAUGAAAAUACUGUAUCUUAAAAGUUCAUAUUUAUAUCUACAUACUGUACGUGUAUUCUUAAGAAACUAUUGUAUAAGAAAAAGGGCAUCUAUAGUUUAUUUUGAAAUAAGAUGUUUAUCCUAUAAGUUCAUGUCUUUAUAAUGAGAAGCAUUUUUCUCCCCUCAUGAUUCAUUCAAUAAUGUGACACCUGUUAAUAACCUAUUAAACUCCAGCAAGAGUAAGAGAAAAUUGCCUUUUUAUUUACAUGGCAGCUUUCGGUAUUUUACCGUGAAAAAAAGCGUAAAAUAAUAAAAUAUAAAGUGGAUCUAAUGAAUUUUAAAACUUGUGUGUUGUGAUGCCAUCUAGCAUGAUAUAAUUUUUUAAAUGCCUAAUUUCUUCAAACAAUAAAAGUUUCGCUUUUCAA